CAAUAUAAGACCAGCACUGAGUUUCAGAGAGAGAGAGAGAGAGAGAGAGAAGAAAAGAUCUGCAAGACUACAAACACUCGUCUGUCUGAACUUUAUCCUGUUCUGUCUGUUCGCCAUCCGGAAUAAAACCUCCAAAGAGGAUUUAUUUCAUACAGUGACAAGGUGAAAAAAUGAAAAUGAUGAGGCUGGUUGUGGUGGUUAGUGCGGUUCUUCUCCUGAUGGUGGACAGCAGCAUGAUGGAGAGAAUUCUGUCUCGCAGUAGAAGAGAGCUGGCCAGCCCGCUGCACACACGGGGUAUCCGGGACGCAUCCGGCUCAUAUUGUCAAAAAAGUCAAGAGAGAUUGAAGUGCUGUCAUGGCAGGAAUGAUGGGUGCACCGUGGCGUACCUGGAUACCAUCUGCUACUGUGACCAGUUUUGCAACCGCACAGUGAGCGAUUGUUGCCCGGAUUUCUGGAACCAUUGCUUGGGAAUCCCAGCUCCAAUUAAAGGGUCUUGUAAAAGAGAUGGCCACUGGUUCCACUCGGGUGCGACCUACAAAGAGAACUGCAAUUUAUGUACCUGCAGUGAAAAUGGCCAGUGGGCCUGUGAGCAGUAUGUCUGUCUGAUAGAAAAGUCCAUGAUCGACACCGUGAACAGGGGAAACUAUGGCUGGACGGCUGCUAAUUACAGUCAAUUUUGGGGUAUGAGCCUGGAUGAGGGUUUGCGGUACCGUCUGGGCACUCAGUGGCCCUCCCAUUCCAUCAUGAGCAUGAAUGAGAUACAGAUGAACAUGGAUAACAACCCCACUCUGCCCAGUUAUUUCAAUGCUGCUGAGAAGUGGCCUGGAAAAAUCCACGAGCCACUGGACCAGGGUAACUGUGCUGCCUCAUGGGCAUUCUCCACAGCAGCUGUCGCAUCAGACCGAAUCUCUAUUCAGUCCAUGGGACACAAGACCCCUCAAUUGUCGCCCCAGAAUCUGAUUUCCUGUGACAGACGAAACCAAGACGGCUGUGCUGGGGGACGCAUUGAUGGUGCCUGGUGGUUCUUGAGGAGACGAGGGGUGGUAACGGAGGAAUGUUAUCCGUAUAAUCCGCCCCAGCAGACCCCUGCUGAAGUGACGCGCUGUAUGAUGCAGAGUCGCUCAGUGGGCCGAGGGAAGAGACAGGCCACAACCCGCUGUCCCAACGUCUACAGCUACCACAACGAAAUUUACCAGUCCACCCCGCCUUACAGACUGUCCUCCAAUGAGCAUGAGAUAAUGAAGGAGAUCAUGGAGAAUGGCCCGGUGCAAGCCAUCCUGAAGGUGUACGGGGACUUCUUUGUGUACAAGAGUGGAAUCUACCGACACACCGGCGUAAACGCGCCGUCGCAGGACCGCAAGCAUGGCACACACUCCGUGAGGAUCACCGGAUGGGGUGAGGAAAGAGAUUACACUGGGAGAACACGCAAGUACUGGCUGGCUGCCAACUCAUGGGGCAAGAACUGGGGUGAAGAUGGCUACUUCCGCAUUGCACGCGGAGAAAACGAAUGCGAAAUCGAGGCUUUUGUGAUCGGCGCGUGGGGCCGGAUAACCAUGGAGGACAUGCACAGCAAUCACCAUCAUCAUCUUCAGCAUGGAAGACGCAAAUAGAGAUGCCCGGUCACGUGUGUCUCUGAUCCUCAGGCCUCCUCCUGAGAUCACCAGAUCAAACAGACACAAACAAAGACUCAGUCAGGCCUAUAUCAGGAGACAGCAUUAUGGUUUCUAUUAAAGCCAUCAAACUUCUAUUGAAUGUGGGCAGCUUCGAAUCAGAAUGAGCCUUGUGGUAGUUUUAAUGCUUCCCAUUCUCUGUGCAAGUCAGUUCAGAAAAAUGCUUCCUGGAGACUUGCCUAUCAUUGUGAGCUCAAUAAACCCCCUGGUGGCCAAACAGCAUAAUUACAAUCUCAAAGAAAUAAUAAGCUCACAUGGUCUAAGUGGUCUGUUAUUGACAUUACCAUUAAUCCUCUUGUUAAUUUGUUUUAUUAGCUAUCUCUAAGUAAGUAGUUUAGAAGUGUAAGUGACAGAGUCUGUGACACUCAAACUUACUCCGUACUCCGUAACUUAUUUCAAACAGUACGUCCUGCAGUAGCACCACGAUUAACACACUAGAGAACGCAAUAUGAGUCAGUAUAAGGUUUAAUUAAAAGAUUUAAUUAUUUCUUUAAAAAAAACUAUAACAGCUAGUUUUAUAAUAAUAAUAAUAAUAAUAAUAAUAAUAUUUAGGGUUGCGUAUUAGCACUGCAUAUUCAGGAUCAGUUCUUUAACAUUCCAACAAAGCAAUUUUAUUGGACGAGAGGCAUCCCAUGAGUGCUGAUAAAGAGCAUAACAUCACUCUGCCACUUCACAGGUGCUUUAAUAACCGUUGAACUCAGAAGGCAUUACUUCGGGUGGUGAACAAGGGAUUGUACACCCUACAUAGUGCACUAGCUUUUUUUUUGCUAUCUGGGAUACAACCUUGGAAGAAUUAGCUACUGUAGCAGCCGGAGGUCUAGAGAGAGCUGAUUGGCCGAGCUCUCUCAGAGGGGAGGGAUGACAGGUACUUAGUGACGUGGUCGAAGUAGCUUAAUGUGGGAGCCCCCUAGUGACGAGGAGGAGUUGGACGCGACUAAAUUAGGGAGAAAAUCAGGGGAAAAUAAUAAUAUUAAUAAAAAAAAAGUUACAGCUUGUUAUAAUCAAAUUUUGAUCACAUUUUCUUAAACUUCUAAAACUUAAUUGUUAAACUUACAGGCUCCCUGACUAUACGGGCCCCUGGGGCCCUUGGACAUAGAAACUUAAGCAAUACACACAACAUUUUGUUUUCUUAAUGGAUUAUAAAGUCAUAGUUAUAAAAGACAAACAUUUAUACAUUUUGUUCAACACAUUUGUAGUGAUGCAGAAAGUUACAUCAUACAGUAUUUAUCUUAAAAUACAUAGUUUAACUAACACUUCUUAUUAAAAUAUAUGUUUUUGUUUCCAUCUUUAGUACUGUAAUGCUGUGGUUUCAUUAACCCUUGCCUAGUUCUGAAAUACAGAAAUCUCAUAAUUCAAUGCUUUCUCAUAAAUAUAACAUACAGAAGAAUCUCAGCAUGAAAAGAUCUUUUUUUUCCUUACACUGAUUAUUAGUUUCAGAGAUGAACCAUAUGUUAAUAGUGCGAAUGCUACUGGACUGAUGUUUUAUCAUUUUGUUUAAGAUUAUAAGCAGGUCUCCACUACUGAUGCGAAUCAUAUUGAGAUUUUAUAUUGAUAUUUCAUGGUAGCUGAGUGUUUCACAGGCUCUGAGUAAAUCAAUUAUUCUCACUACAGGAAAUACAUUUUUAAUUAUAACUUAUAUAAUUUUCCCUCCACUAUUAUGGCUCUGUAUGGAAAGAGAUAUAACCUGAGACACAGUGUUAAACAAAGCUUGUGUAUCAUACUCGGGUAAACAUGAGCAGUUUUUUUUUUAAACCAAAGAUGAGAUGUAAAUCAUGUCUCAUGUCUCCACAGCGUCUCACACACACACACACACACACACACAGCAUAGAGUUACGGCAGUGAUGUAGUAUAGCACAGGGCACAAUAAACACAGCUGCUCACAUCGGACAUUACUGAGACUUCCAUAACGCUGCGUGAGUGUGUCACUACAUACGUGUAUCGCCGACUGUACAGUAUAACCACUAAUCAUCUUGUGGCAUGCAGGAAUGUGAACUCAUCAGUGUUGAUUCUUCUGUUCAGGUCUAUUCAGCAUCAUUCUUAACACACUCAAGCCUCUGCUUGAUAUAUCCUCAUUAUACCGUUAUAAGCUACAGUAUCAUUAAUGGAUAUAAACUUGACAUAUCAAAUACUACAGUGUUCUUUUUUUUUUUAAAGCAGUCUUUGACUUCCAUAUUCUAUCUAUCCAUCCAUCCAUCCGGUUAGUAAAGAGGAUUCAUUUUCCCAUCUAGUCAUCCACACCAGAGAUAAACCCCUCACCCAGAGCGAGUGUGCUAGAAGACUGAACCCCAGUCAUGCAGAGGAAAUGAAUGCUCAAGUCUCCAGUAUGAACAAUCACUCUCUAUUGGCUUGGAAACUCUGUUGAAAACAUUUUCCCAGCGUAGAAUUUUAUGAAAUUUAAGGAAAGAGAUUUAUAUCGGACUAUCUGAUUAUUUAAGAAGCAGGUUUGUAAAAUAAUAAUCUUUUAUUUUUGAUGCAAUGUGUAUUAUUUUGCUGUCACUAUGUAUCGUACUGUAUAUAUGCAAAACAGACCACUGUAAUGUACACCUGUGUAUUGCUAUAAAAUCCAAAUACAACCUUCAUGCUGUGCAACAACUGUCACCCUGUUUGACUCUAAAAGUUAUUCAAAUGCUCAGAAUGAUACAUAUACCAGGCAGAUAAAAAGAAAAUAAAUUGUCUUGCUUAAUCAUAUACAAUAUACGAGUUUACAGUAUGAGUUUCAGUUUUUGAACCGAGUUACUGAAAUAAAUCAACUUUUCGAUGAGAUUCUAAUUCAUCAAUGUGUGUGUGUGUAUAUAUACUGUAUAUAUGUACUUAACAGUAGGCCAUCUCUCUACACAUUCCUGAGCAGACAGCAAUGAGAGAAAAAAAAAUCUGUUUCCAGAGAUGUGUAUUUGAGAAAGCGUGAGAAAGUGUAUUUUAAAGUUUAAAUUACAGCAAAUGAACAAACUGAUAGCCUCUGACAGUGCAACGAUUCUGAUCUACUACCGGCCCCAAAUGACUUGUUGAGGGGUGGUUAGUCUGGUUGAUCCAAUUUUCAAUUGUCUUGGGUCUAAAAUUUAUCACUUAAAACUAUCAAAUCUAUAUAAAUAAAAGAAAGGUUUUGUCUGUA